AUGAUUCCACCUUCACUCACUCUCUUUGUGUUUGGACUCUUCCAGAAAGGUCUAACAUCUGUAAUCCAGUCUGUGGAGACUGUGGAGGAGGCAGUGGGAGAAGAUGUUCUCCUCAGCUGUCAGAUCCUACUGUCUAAACAUGUGGUGCAGGUCACAUGGCAGAAACAGACGCUGGGUGGGGUGAUCAAUCUCGCCAUCUCUAACAAUAUCAAUGGCUCCAGGGUGAUCCCGUACUUCAGAGGCAAAGUGGAGGUGAAAGAUGGUGGACUGCACAACAGCUCCAUAGUGAUCAAGAAUGUGACGGAGGAGGAUGAAGGCUGCUACCUCUGCCUCUUCAUCACCAACCCUGAUGGAGCGCUCACUGGCAGAACCUGCCUCAAGGUCUAUGAGCUGCAUGAACCCGUUCUACACGUGAGAGAAUCAAAUUCAACUGAUGAGUUCCUGGUUUCCUGCUCCGCCACAGGACGACCUGCUCCAACCGUAACUCUCAACCUCACACAGCAAGACUUCCACCUAACUGUGGUGAUCAACACAAACGGUACAUUCACUGUCACUGCCACAGCCGUGUUGGCAGGUUUCCAUCACGCUGGCACACGGGUUGGAUGUGCCGUGCAGGUGCUCUCCCGUCAUAAAGAGGCGUUUGUGGAGAUUCCUGAUGUGAAACUGACGCCUACUAGUGGUUUGGAUGAAGGAUCUGGAUCUGCUAGCAGAAGCUUCAUUGUGACGUGGAUUGUGGUAGUGACCUUCCUUUGCACUGCUUCAGUCUUAGCUGUCCUGUUAAUACGAAAACUACGGAGCAGACUGUCACUCAGAGACCAGGAGAAGACUGAGGUUCCUCAAACUGCAGACACUGACACACGUGCACUGAACUUCAAAGAUCCUCCAGACGGAUUCAACCACUACAAUGAGUCACAUGAUAAGGUCGACUAGACGUGUGGGACUUUGUGUGUUUCUAUUGUGAAGAGCAGUAGUGUAGUGACUAGGUUCUCUUCACUUUAAGUGUGUUGUUCUGGUGUUGUAAGGCAUUGCACGUGUUUUUUAUUUACUGAUAUCUAGAUAGUUUCUGUUCCUUUUUGACAUUUGUGAUUGUGUAUUUAUUUUUCAGUAUUCAUGGUUCUUUGUAUGAAUACAAAGAACAAAUGCAAUACAAGAAGAGCGAGUGGAGUCAGCCGAGGUCUUACUUGAUACUUGAUAAGUGUCAAUUUCAUAUUGUUCUUGGAAGUUUGUGGCAACUAAUUUUAAAUUGUUAAAACUAGUCAUUCUUAUUUUAAAUGACUCAAUGUUUAACUGUGCCUUGUUCACUUACAGCAGUUUUAAAUACUGAGAGGAGAGGGAUAUUUAUGUAUUGUGGCUGAUGUUUUUCUACUUAUUUUGUUUAAUUUGAUGUUUCCCCACUUUUGU